AUGCAGGGGCAGUCUGAGUUAAUUUUAAGUCUUAUAAUGGGCUGGUGUAUCACACCUCGUUUAUUUAUUUAGAUUGUUUGUUUAUGUAUAAGCAGUAACCAUUCUGUUCAGUCCUUAACGCUGAGGAAGAUCAUACCUGUUCCUGAGAAACACAAUCCAUACAUGCGUUUCCUAACGCCUGAAUUAAAUGUCGGGAUUUCAGGCAGGAGCAUUUUUCACUCACAGUCGCAAACUGCUGUCCUUACUCAUAAAUUUAUCCGCACCACUCCUAACAUUUGAACAUACAGAUGUACUGCUGUCUUGCUUGCACUUCUCGGAUGAACAAGGCGCUUCAUAGAUGGACUGUAGUGAAAAUGUGAUCAAGGACAUCCGACCAGAAGAACUCUGUGGAUUGUAACUUCCUUGUUCAGAAUAUUUUGGACUGACACUGCCUAACUGAAGACGCCCGGAGUGGGUCAAAAUCGAGACGGACAGGUCUUCUGUUCAGAGUGACUUUUUGUGUUCGUUGUAUUUGUGUACAAAACAAGGAGACACACAAAGUGUCUAGCGUGUUGGGAAUGGAGGUGAGUGCGGAGCAGCCCCGCUGGAUGAGCCAUCCCCACCCUGCGGCAGCUGCGGUGCUGAACGGCCAGCACCACGACUCGCACCACCCUGCACUCAGCCACUCUUAUAUGGACCCUUCGCAAUAUACACUGCCUGAAGAUGUGGAUGUACUUUUCAAUAUUGAAAGCCAGGGAGGUCACGUCCCCUCAUAUUAUGGCAAUUCAGUGCGAGCAGUGCAGCGAUACCCACCAACACAUCACGGAAGCCAGAUGUGUCGACCACCACUACUCCACGGGUCUUUGUCCUGGUUGGAUGGCAGUAAACCACUGGGAUCGCAUCACAGUGCAGCACCGUGGAACCUGAGUCCUUUCUCCAAGACCUCAAUUCAUCACAGUUCUCCUGGACCACUUUCAGUGUAUCCUCCAGCUUCAUCGUCUUCUUUGUCAGCAGGACAUUCCAGCCCUCACCUUUUCACUUUUCCACCGACUCCACCAAAAGAUAUCUCACCAGAUCCCGGGCUUACUGUACCAGGGCCAAGUAGUUCUAACCGUCAGGAAGACAAGGACUGUGUUAAAUACUCUGUGUCCAUAACAGAAACCAUGAAGCUAGAGGCAUCCCAUCCAAGGAACAGCAUGACAACUUUAGGGAGUAGUUCGUCUUCAGCACAUCAUCACCCGAUUGCCACUUAUCCACCCUAUGUUACAGAUUACAGUGCAGGCCUCUUCCAACCCAGUUUGACGCCUUCCAGCUUUGGCUGCAAAGCAAGGCCUAAAACUCGUUCUAGCACAGAAGGCAGGGAGUGUGUAAACUGUGGCGCUACAUCAACCCCACUGUGGCGAAGGGACGGCACCGGACACUACUUGUGCAACGCCUGCGGACUGUAUCAUAAAAUGAACGGUCAAAAUCGGCCCCUCAUUAAGCCCAAGAGAAGGCUGUCUGCGGCUAGGAGAGCAGGCACAUCCUGUGCAAACUGUCAAACAACGACCACCACUCUCUGGAGGAGAAAUGCCAAUGGAGAUCCUGUGUGCAACGCAUGUGGACUUUACUACAAAUUACACAAUAUCAACAGACCAUUGACAAUGAAGAAAGAAGGAAUUCAGACAAGAAACAGAAAAAUGUCCAGCAAAUCUAAAAAGAGCAAAAAGGUUCUUGACAGCAUGGACGACUAUCCCAAAGCAAGUUCAUUUAGUCCAGCAGCCAUUUCCAGGCACAUGUCCUCUCUUAGUCAUAUUUCACAUUUUAGCCACACUGGCCACAUGCUAACAACUCCAACUCCAAUGCAUCCAUCAUCCAGUCUGUCUUUUGCACCUCCUCAUCCUUCUAGCAUGGUCACAGCCAUGGGUUAACCGACUUACUUAGAUGGUACUUUAUGUUCUUAUUUAAAGGAGGGACACACAAAACAGCCUAUCAGAUGGAUGGAAGCAUAAAAAAACAAAAAUAAAAAGACAUGGCCCCAUCUUUUAAGCAGUCAGUGUGGUGUUACAUAUUUCCUGCCAGUCGCUGUGGAUCUCAUUUGUGAAUAAGCCAUUCAGAUGAAUUCCUUCCUUAUUUAACAGGGUCUUCAGUGCUGUGUAAAUUCUGAACACUGAGCACAAAUGUAAAAAUUGUACAAAGUAUUGUAAAGUUAAUAGACUUCUUAAUGCCCCUGGGCAAUUAUAAAAAGAUUAUGAAGGACUACAGUUUAAUUUAAGGCAGAAAGAUAAAUACUGGAGCACAGAAAAGACCUGUCUAUGGCACCUUUAUUCAUAAAGCUAAUGGACACAGUGCCAGUUACAUUGUGUUUUUCGGCAGAAGAUGUUUGAUGCAUUAAUUAUUGUAGAGUGAUUAUCCAUGAAGGCUGUUGUUUUCCACAAAUGAAAUACCAGCAGUUCCCGGCAAUCAGUGGAACAGCAUGGAUAUUGCCAUGAAAUUCUGAGACCGUCAUUCUCCUGGCCUAUAUGCAUUGUGAACAAGUUUCUGUAAUUGUUGUUUGUAUGUAUAAUUCAGAACACCAAAAAUAAGAAAGAAGUAGAAUUAUUUCAUCAUGUAAUACAGACUGAAUGGUUGUAUAAAUUUAUUAAUUGCUAGUGUAAAACUACUUCUUUUGUUUUCAUAUUUUCUUUCUUUAAAAAUAAACUAGAAGACAUUUUGUUGACUUAAUGCAACUGUGUUUGAGAGAGUUUAUUUUUACAUUGCUUUGUUUAUAUCCACCAGAUGAUUUAAUAGGUACAGCUGCAUCAGUUUUUAACAUCACUGCCACUGCUAUGUUUGUGGGUUUACAGGAAGUAAAAAAUGCUUGCUAGCAUUUUAGGUCUCACAGGCCUGAAGCCAGUCUAGAGGAACCUGUGGUUCAAUCCACUCAUGCCUUGUAUCAUACUUAUUUUUACUUAAUAUGUUAAUAUUUAGUAAGAUGAAAUAGGGAAUAUAAUUUUGUUUCUGAGAAUUGUGGUAUUGAAGUUUUGGCAUUACAUUGCCUUUAUUAUGAAAGCCAGUGAUCUGGAUUCUCUCUCUCUUUCUUUCAGAAAUGUGCACACACACACACACACACACACACACACACACACACACACACACACACACACACACACACACACACACACACACAUGCUAAGUAGCUUUAUUUUUGAGUUACUUCCUGAGUAUGCAUUGCAGUGCAAAUGCUGAAUAUUUAUUGAUAUAUUUAUAUAUGCCUUUAAGUACAUUUAAUGUAUUGCAAUAUAUCAGUUACGUUUGUAUUUCUUAUUAUAUACAUUUGUGUUAAAUUACUAAAUUUUUUCAGGGCUUUUACAUAUUCUUGUCUUAAAUUGAGUGUUAAUAUUUUUAGCUAAGAAACACUUUUGCAUUAUGUUGAUAUUUUACAUUCUUUAAAAAAGUAUAGCACUGCUAAGAAUAAUUCUUUUCAUGUAGGUCUAAGGGAUAUAUAUACAUAUAUGACUGAUUUAGUUUUUUUUCCACUAUUCAUACAAUUCAGUGUAUCUACCCUAUUUGUACUGAAAAAGGAAAACUGGUUAUAACAGAAUGUGGUAUGUGAAGAGGCAGCCAGAAAUUUCUGUACUCUGUACUCAGACUAUACUUUAACCUCUUCCCAGCCUUCUAAUAUUUAAAAAUGUGAAUCUUUCUCUCCAUAUGUUGUCUUGUAAACUUACGAAAUGUGCACAUUGUUUCAAUUGUUGCACCUUAUACAACUAUAAAUAAAGCAUUUUAUGUAUA